UAUAUUUAAUUGUUACUUAGCAACAUUAGAAAAAUGCAAUACUAUUCAGAAUAACAUACAUAGUGUAAUCUUGUAUUCAGUAUAAACCUGCGUUUUAAAAUUCUAAUUUAUAUAAAUUAUUUUACCCCACGAAAAUACCACCUGCUACAGUCAUUUAGAUUUGUUUCACAGAUAACCAGUAAGCUGACAUGUGAGCAAACCAGUUGUGUCUGUUGUCUUGACAGGUAACGUUACGCCUCUUGAAAGUUAGCCCGUAAUUUCUCUGAAGAUAAAGGUUUAGAAUAUAUUCACAUUAUUUAAAUUAGUUCUUAACAUUUCCGGACAUGCAAACAAGCUAACAUUGUGGCUAAUGUCUAGCAUGUCCUCUGUCAGUCACUGUCACUACGAGCCUCAGCAACGUUAGAACAUCAACACUACCGCAGAUUUAGUACAAAAUGUCUGCGUGUAAAAGGUUGCUUUACUUUGUAAGGCAGCGAAGCUUAUGGACUCAUGUUCGGAGAAAUGUCACAACCUGGUCUCCUGUUGGAGCUGCCUUCAAUGCCAAACCUCACAGGAGACUGAACUUGAUCGAGAAAAACGUGGGUUUGUUCGGAGUACCAGAGUUGAGCUGUCCUGCUGGCUUCCAGGCAGCCACAAAAACAGCUCUCAAGAACACAGAGCGUCUGGUGGGAAAAGCUUGUUCUUGUCCUCCAGGGGUUGAGACAGUUGAGUCUUUUGACCAGCUCUCAGAUGGUUUGUGUAAAGUGGCUGAUCUGGCAGAUUUUGUUAAAGUAGCACAUCCAGAUCCAGCAUUUCGCGAGGCUGCAGAGAAGACGUGUAUAGAGAUUGGCACAGUUGUGGAGAAGCUAAACACUAAUGUCAAGCUAUGCAAGAGCCUAAAAGUAUUGCUGGACAACCCGGACAUUGUGGCUCAGCUGGACCCUGAUACUAGAAAAGUGGCAGAGUUGUUCAUGUUUGACUUUGAAAUCAGUGGAAUUCAUCUGGAUGACAAACUGAGAAAAGAUGCAGUCGCCCUUCAUGUCAAGCUGUUGGAUCUUAACAACGAGUUUCUGGUUGGCUCUCAUCUGCCGAACAGAAUUGCUCGGUCUGCAAUUCCUGAGCAUCUACACCUGCACUUUGCAGAUGAAGGAAGCUUCAUCCAAGUUGGGGGAUUACAUGCAGAUUCCCCCGAUGACUUGGUUCGAGAAAUUGCCUACAGGAUUUACCUUUAUCCAAAUGCAGAUCUUAUGGAUUGCCUGGAAGAGCUGCUAAAAUGCAGAUACAAACUGGCCAAACUGGUGGGCUACGACUCCUACGGACACAGAGCCUUAAAGGGAACGAUGGCCCAAACACCAGAAACGGUGAUGAGCUUUCUUCAGCUGUUAACAGACAAGCUGUCAGACAGAACAGCCAACGACUUUAAGAUGAUGACAAACAUGAAGAAAAAACUCAACCCUCGUAACUCUGAGCUCAUGCCAUGGGAUCAUCCGUACCUCAGUGGUGUCUUACGUGCUGAAAGGUACAACAUAGAGCCCAGUCUGUACAGUCCGUAUUUGUCUCUGGGUGCGUGUAUGGAGGGUUUGAACAACCUCUUCUCUCAGCUGUAUGGUGUGUCCCUCAUGUCCGAACACCCCGGUGCUGGAGAGGUCUGGAGCGAGGAUGUCCGCAAACUGGCUGUGAUACACGAGACAGAGGGAUUAUUGGGAUAUAUCUACUGCGACUUCUACCACCGGCAGGAUAAACCUCAACAGGACUGUCACUUCACCAUCCGUGGUGGCCGCUGGUGCCAGGAAACGGGUCAGUACCAGCUUCCGGUUGUGGUGCUGAUGCUGAGUCUGCCCCACCCAACCAAGAGCGCCCCCACCCUGCUCACGCCGGGCAUGAUGGAGAACCUCUUCCAUGAAAUGGGACAUGCCAUGCACUCUAUGCUGGGACGCACUCGCUACCAGCAUGUAACAGGAACCAGAUGUGCGACUGACUUUGCUGAAGUCCCAUCCAUCCUCAUGGAGUACUUUGCCACUGACUAUAGAGUCCUCAGCCAGUUUGCACGCCAUUAUGAAACUGGACAGCCUCUGCCUGAGAGCAUGGUGGCUCGCCUUUGUGAGUCAAAGAAGGUGUGCGGAGCCGCAGACAUCCAGCUGCAGAUUUUCUAUGCUGUCUUGGACCAGAUCUACCACAGCAAACCUCAGAACCGCUCCACCACAGAAAUCCUGGAGGAGAUGCAGCAGAAAUUCUACGGCUUGCCUUAUACGCCCAACACGGCAUGGCAGCUGAGAUUUAGCCACCUGAUUGGCUACGGGGCCAAGUACUACUCCUACCUCAUGUCCCGGGCCGUGGCCUCGAUGGUGUGGAAACAGUGCUUUGUACAGGAUCCUUUAAACAGGGACAUGGGUGAGCGUUAUCGUCAGGAGAUGCUAGCCCAUGGGGGAGCCAAAGAGCCCAUGCUGAUGGUGGAAGGGAUGCUGCAGAGACGGCCCACCAUGGAGGACUUUGUGGAUGCGCUGGUGUCUGAGCUAAACCCAAACUUUGAGACCUUCAUCAUGGACUCUGAAAGCUAAAAGAGGCCUCUGGUGCCAUGGAAACGGACUUGACCCUUUUUCACAAAGCAACAAGUUUAUACAUUGCUGCUGCCUCUUAAAGUCACAUUGAUUUAUUUUGAUAUAUCUGGCUAAUUCUGCUGUCAAUAUAAAGUAAUAUGGUUAGUAUUAAAGACUUGCUACAAACCCUGAAAACGCCCAAUCAUCUCUGAAUAUUGAUCAUUUCAGAUUAUGGUAAACUGUGUAUCAGUCACAGACACUUUCCCAAUGCUCUGGACUCCAUUGCGUCCCCAAUAAUGAUAUUAUAACAGAUUCCGCAGUAGCUUGUGCCAGGUCAGAUCAUGAAACCCUUUUGAGUUUGUACAUGUUAUUUUCACCUUUUUGUAGCACUGAAGAUUGUUAAAAAUGAACAGACAAGUGUACUCUGUAAUGUAACAUACCACUAAACAUUUCACUACAAUCACUAUUUCUGUGAUUUGGGGCAUUUUAAUUGCCUUUUUUCUCAUUAUUCCACAACUAUUAACUCCUCAUUAAAUCUAAAUAUUCAGUUCACAUAC